CGCUGUAGCCAGGCUACUUGUAAACUUAUUCAAACGUAUGAUGACCGUAAGCAGCUCACAAGUGCAUUCACGCAACAAUAAAUAAUAAGAGAAUCAAAAUACAAAGAAAUAAAUAAGUUAUUUCGGAGGAUACUGAUGAUUUUUGCUUUCGUCAUCUUUUAGGUUAUACAGAGGAUUGUAAAAUAGGGAGAAAUGCAAUGUUUUUAACCCCUUAGAUUAAUCAAUGUAAUAGGAAGAAAUGCAAUGUUUUCAUCCCCUUAGAUUAAUCAAUGUAAUAGGAAGAAAUGCAAUGUUUUCAUCCCCUUAAAUAAAUCAAUGUAAUAGGAAGAAAACUUUUUCUUCCUCUUAAAUAACUCAAUGUCUAAACGUUCUAGACGUAUUUUCGAAGAGCUGUCUUCGGUUACGAAGGAUAAGUUACUUUUGCAAGCUGCUAUUGACCGCCAAACCAUCAGACGUUUACGAAAUGAAGUAGAAGAGAUUGAACAAUCUACAACUAAAACGAAGAAAAAAAACUUUUCAAAGAAGGAGAAGUAUUUUCAAAACUUAGCGAAGAAUCAAGUGACAGAUAUUUCAGUUUCCAUACCCGGUUCUCACAUCGAUGGCCUCGCCAAAGUCCAGGUCAAAAGAUUACGCAAAAAGAAGAAUACCCCUGUUUAUGAGAAUAAUAACAUAAAUGCACUUUCAAGCAAAUUCAAAAAGAUCGUUAAUUCAGGAAGUCUGAAAGUCGCUUUGAAUUCUUGUGAAAACUACAAGCCCACCACACCUGUUGAACAUAUUGUUAAUAGAAUCUACUUGUUUGUGCUGCGGGCACAUGUUGAAAAGCCUUGGGUGUUUUCAAGUGAAAACUUGAAGCGAUAUUCCGAAUUUGAUUUGCAAGUUAAAUUUUGGGGUUACAUCUUUGAACUAUAUCUUGGCCAAUAUAGACACAUUAUCUUACAUUGGGGAGAUACAAUGAGCAAUACUUGUAAAAAUGUGGGUUUGCGUUUCAAAUUGGACCUUCGGGUUCUAAUUUUGAGGGAGGAUGAAACGGUAGUAGAUGGCGCGACAGGAGAAAUAGCUAGAAAGGCUACAAAGGCAAAACUUUACGCUGACAGACUCAAAUCUGUACUUACCACAAAAUGCCAUUUAAAUGCAUUUAUCAAGUCAUUAAGUUAUAUAUCAGAAGAAGAUAUUAUUAAUGUGCGUAUGCCUAUUGUUCAAGUCAUGGGGCUAGAAGCGAAGGUGUCUUCUUUGCGUUUGAUUGGAAAGAAAAAGUACGCAAUGGAGGAUCUAUAUUCGUUCAAAUUUCCCCGAACAUCACAACAGUUGAAAUUAGGAGCGCUCGAAUCUUUGAUCAAUGGUCUUACUCUGAUUGAGGAAAUGGUGAACAGCUUGGAGACAAAGUUUAAUGAUGGACAGACUGAAAACGAAUCGAGCAUGGACAGAAUAUUAAAGGAAACAAAGAAAAAGAAAGAAAUUAUAAUGAAGAAAUGGUUGAGCGAUGUAACUUGGGACGAAGAAUCUAAAGAAGAGAGUGAUGAAGAGAGCGAGAGCGAUAGUGAUAACCAAGAAUUUAAUGACGACAUUAACAAUAAUAAUAGUAAUAAAGACUAAUGAUUAAAGUUGUUGUUAAAGAAUCUUCACCCAUACAAUGAUUAUGUAAACAAAACAAUCGACAGUCAUUAAGCAAAUAAAUCAAUCAUACGGA